AUGGCGUUCAACGUGUUGACUUCGACGGCCACUGAGCUCAGCCGCCUGCUUGCCCGACGGGAAGUCACAGCUGUUGAGCUCACGAAAGCCUACCUUGAACAGAUCCGCAAGCACAACAAGGCUGGCGCGCAUCUCAACGCGAUCAUCAGCGUGGUGCCAGAAGAGCAGCUCCUUGAGACAGCUUCAAAGUUGGACCAAGAACGCGCAGAGGGGAGGGUCCGAAGCCCUUACCAUGGCAUUCCCUUCGUGGUCAAGGAUAACAUAUGGACCGCUGCAAGCUUUGGCUUGCCGACAACAUGCGGCGCCUGGGCCUUGAAGGAGGCCAAGGCUAAGAACAAUGCAGAUGUGGUUCAAGCUGUUCUAAAUGGCUGGCUACAAGGGGUCUGGCGGCUUCAUCGGUUGUUCGGUGGUUGGAGGACUCCGGCUGGCUCUUCUUCAGGCUCAGCCAUCGCAGCAGCAGUUGGCAUGGCGCCGUUCGCUCUUGGCACCGAGACUGAGGGCUCCGUAUUGCAGCCAAGCGAUCGUGCUAGUCUCUACUCGAUCAAACCUACUAUCGGGAAGAUAUCCACGCGCGGAUGUCUGCCUGGUAUUAAACUGACCGACGUUGUCGGUCCGAUGACAAAGUCUCCCGAGGACCUCGCUGCUUUCUUAGACAUUUUGACGCCGAUCAAGGAUGUCUCGCACGUCGACUUCCUGACCGGAGCCUUCAAAGACCUUCGCAUUGGAUUUCUCGAUACAAAACAAUGGUUAUCGGGACCGGCGAUUGAAACGGUCAAUGCAGCAAUUGAUCUCGUGGAGAAGUCUGGUGCGAAGGUGAAGCGCAAUGUUGCUCUCGUCAGUUCCGAGGACGACAAGAAGUUCAACGACUUGAUCUCAAAUGACCUGCGCAAAGGAUUCGAAGAGUUCGCCGAAGGGCUCGACCAAGCUCCGGUCAAAACACUGCAGGAGUUGGUCGAUUUCAACAGAGAGCACGCAUCCGAAUGCCUACCAGAAGGGACCUCUGACCAGCAAUACAUCGAAGACGUGGUCAAGGCAGCCGACCUCUCCGCCGAGAAGUACCAGGAGUACACGACGACCUUGCGGCUCAACACGGGAGCCGAAGGCUUGGAUGCUGUAUUCCGAGAGAAUGAGAUUGAUGUAUUGAAUGGUCCACCUACCGGGCGAGGGACAAGUGUUGCGAUCCUUGCAGGCUACCCCGUUGGUACCCUUCCGCUCGGCUAUGCGCGCUUCAAUGGUAGGGCAUUCGGACUUACUGUCAUAGCACCCACCAAUGCGGAGCCAUUGAUAUUGAGAAUCAUGAGCGCGUGGGAUGCUAUCGUAUUCAAGCGACAACCCCCUCCCAAGCUCAUGAGCUGGGAGGCAGAUGUCCCAGAGAUGUAG